AUGGCGGGAAAUGUGAAAGAAGACUCGCCCAAAAUGGCUUUUGCAGCAGUAAAAAAAGUCAUAAAUGAUGAUUGCCUUGAAUCGCUCAACACAAAAAAAUUGGGAGAACUUUGUAAUAGUCUUAAACUUAAAGCUUCCGGGACUAAAAGUGAAUUGUUACAAAGAUUGCUACCAUUUAAAGAUGACCCGGCUUUGCUCGACAACAGAGUGAAGAACAUCUCUGUGAAGUACAGCUUUACAACAGCCCUAUCGAGACAGGAGAUCCCACCACCAACAGCUGGAUGGAAAUGCAAUACUUCUCUCUUUCCCAAGAUUUCAAAAGACGUUAUCAAGACAUAUCAGUCUAAUAAACGACAGGGAAUGAUAGGACAAUUUCGCAAAGCUCAUCGAAUGUUUUCUUCAAGACGAAUGAAAACCAUCAAGGUUUUCAAAAAUGGUAGCCAGUUAUUUGUCAAGUCAAGCAUAUUGAAAAGCUUUUCUUCUGAAGUUACACGAACUGCAACUGUCUUGUUCAUUGACAAUGUUCCCAAGAAAGGUUUUUGCGAAUGUGCUGUCGGAAAGUGUGGUCUCUGUUGUCAUGUUAUCGUUAUACUGCUACAGUUAGAACACUUCACAACACAUAAAAAGCUGUUUUUGUCUUUGACCUGUACAGAGAAGCUUCAAAAGUGGCAUCGACCAAAUUUAAAGAAAGGGAAAGAGGUAAAAGCUAACUUGAAGGCUGCUGCUCAUAUCAGACUGAAAUAUUUUAGAAAUGCCAAAUCAGCAAGACAUGUAAAUCAAAGAACAAAGAAGAAAGUUGUAGCUAGAGGUGUAAGUGAUGAAAACAGUGACUGGCUGAAACGAGAUAUUUCCUCCAUGAGCUCUCAAGUAGUAGAUGGCCUGUCUAAAUGCAGAAUCAAUUUAUCAAAUCAUUUUCUUAAAACUCUAGAGAAAUUUAAAAUAAGACACUCAGGAUUGUAUCACCAUUUGUCUUACAAAAAUGCUUAUCUGAACAGAGUGAUACAAAAUGAACAUGACUACACAAAACUAAAUCCUCCAGCAAACCUGGAACAAAACUCCAAAACACCUUCUGAGUGUGAGGAUAAAUGGCACUCUUCAUUGAUAGCCAAUUCUAACAACUUCAACCAAGAUAAUUGCACAGUGGGACAGCCUACUUCAGAAUGUCAAGAGCAAACAUUUUGUGCAGAUAAAACUCAAGAGUUGUUAGAAUUGCUUACAAACUCUAAAGAUGAGAUUAUAACUGUUAAGGUCCCUCAGCUUAAAGAAGUCAGACUAACUACAAGUGCAAGAUACAUUGAUGUUCAACAAGGCACUUCUGAUUGGCUUAACCUGAGGACGGGGGUAAUAACAGCAAGUAAACUACCAUCACUCCUGGGUUUUCAUGGAAACAAAGAGUUUGAUUCAUCAUGGUUUUAUAUUUUAAACAAGAUAGAUGAAAGUAAAUGUAAACCAAAGCAAUACAGAAACUUUCAAAGAGGAAACUACUAUGAAAAAGAAGCUUUAGAGCACUUUCAGAAACUCUCUGGUAAGUCAGUUUAUUCGAAAAUAUUAAUAGUAACAUAA